GCGCAACCGACGAAUCAAAGGCGUUCUAUCAUACGCAGCGCGCCGGAUCGGCAAAGCGGAUUUGCUGCCACCCAGAUUGCCGACGUGUGUGUUUCAAGUGUUCUCUGCUCACUUUGGCAUUUCCCACGAGACGCACACAUCGAUAAAGCGACGUAGUACCAGCAUGAGCGACGACUCGCAGCACCACGACCAACUGUGCCAAUACUCGUACAAGCCGUGCCCGAACUUACGCACGACCAAGCGCAACGGCAGCCUCCAUUUGCUCUGCGAAUUCCACCGCCAAAAAGCCAACGCGGUCCAAAACACAUACGCCGCCAACAAGAAGCGUGCCCGGUCGUCGCCCGCUGGCGCGCUCAAGGCCAAGCGAACGCGCCUCACGGAGCGCGUGGCCCGGCCUCGGAGCUGCGAAGACGACUACAUGCUUGCGCCCCACUCUCUUGACAAUAGCCUCUUGGGGCUCUUUGACCCGCUCGAGUGCCAUGCCUCGCCGUCGGUCGAACUCACCAUCGACGAAUACAUCUUACUACAUGAGAUUUUUUGAAAUGAAAGAGAAUACAAACGUAAGAUAGAGUGCUAUCGGAAGAAAGACAUGCGAUUAGUGCAGGUAUCUCGGACUGUGUCCAUUGCGCUUUUUGUGUAGGGAUCAAAACUAAUGAAUACAUUGGUCGAGAAAUCGACGCUAACUCGAAUUUCA